AUGACAGAUAACGUGUACAAGAAGAUGUGUUCCAAAACGACAGAUGCCAAAGGGAAGUCUUUAUCAGUAAAUAGGAGGCUGAUAAGCGGUAGCGUUGAGGAUGGAUUAAAUCAAUGUCUACUCAAGCUUUUGGAGUGCCCAGUAUGUUUCGAAUAUAUGGAAUCACCCAUCCAUCUGUGUAGAAAUGGCCAUAAUAUUUGUCAGAAAUGUAGACCUAGACUCAGCAACUGCCCUGUGUGCAGAAAGUCUUUCCUGCUGACGCGCAACUGCGCUCUCGAAGCCCUGGCAGAUCAGUGUCUGGAGCGGUGCGGAAAUGUUAACGUCGGCUGCAAUUUCAAAAGGACGAACGUCCAGGACAUCGAGAAACACAUGGAAGUCUGCUCCUACAGGCUAUACAAAUGUGAAUAUGGACGACCUGGUGGUUGCUCUUGGAUGGGAAGACGCUGGCAAAUCCUGGAUCACAUGCAUGAAGAUCAUGAAAGUAUUACGAUACUGCUGGAAAAUAACCACUGCAAGAUCAAGGAUUUUCUUCUUUACGACCAUGACCUCACAACUCAAGUGAUCAUGGCACAUGGGGAAGUGUUCUGGCUCCGUCAUCGAAAAGAUAGCUCCAAAUUUAAAUUCUUUGGGGCCGUACAAUAA